AUGGACGUCCGUGGUCCGACGGCGUCCGCCCAGCUCUACGAGAACUGGAACCCGGGGCAGCCCGACAGCUACUUCCUGUCUGGGGAGGACUGCGUGGUGGUGGUGCCGCACGACCGGGGACAAUGGAGUGACGUGCCCUGCAACUACCACCUGUCCUACACCUGCAAGAUGGGACUGGUGUCCUGUGGGCCUCCGCCAGAGAUGCCCCUGGCUCAAGUGUUUGGCCGCCCACGACUGCGCUACGAAGUAGACUCCGUGCUUCGUUACCGGUGCCGCGAGGGGCUGACCCAGCGCAACCAGCCACUGAUCCGCUGCCAGGAGAAUGGUCGCUGGGAGCCCCCCCAGAUCUCCUGUGUGCCCCGCAGGCCUGCCCGCGCGCCGCACCGGGUGAAGGCCCCAGGACAUCAGGGGAGGCUACUGGGACGCUGGAACGCACUUCGGACCCCCCCUUCCAGUCCCUCUCCAGGUCCCUAGGGAGCAAGGCCUGCCGGCACUGCCCCCUCCCCGUCACCAGCCUCGGCAACUUGGGAGGCAGGGGCUGCCCUCCAGGCGGCAGUGCCUCAAGGGGUUUGCGGGAAGCACCUGGGCGGCUCAGCCUAGACUAGACCCUCUCCCCCACCCUGGCUCAGGUGGUCCCCCCAGGGCCUCAGCGGGAGGUCCCUGAGUGCCCCAGCUGCCCUCCCCUUGCCGGCCUUCCGCCCCCUCCAUCCCCUCGGGGGGCACGUUGCCCACCGUCGGGUUUUCCAGGGGCCUGGGCUUGCAGGACGGAGCGUCUGUAAAACCAGCAGGAAAUAAAGCUGCAUUUGAGCACAA